CGACGUACAAAGUGAACUAAAGUUUACUUUAAAACGAAAGUGGAACCACUUUAGUCUAAUCGCUUUAAAUAAAGUUGAAGAAUCAAAACCAAACAACAAAACCCAUGUUCCACUGUCUCCCUGGCGCAGUUUACAAAACGAAUCACUCUUUCAGUUCAUGGGUAAGUCGGUGAGACUCUGCCGGAGGAGCCACACCUCGGUCGAAUCAUCUUCGGAGAAUUAUACAACCGACGAUGUCUUGUCGUGUGAAGAUGGAUCCAAUGAUCCUCGAAGCUCCGACUCAAAGACUGAGUCAAACUCGAGCUCAGAUUCCGGAACCGAGUCAAACUGGAGUUCUGACCCGACAGCUUCGACGGGACUCUUGGCGAUCAUACGGGUCUUGUCCGAUUCGCUGCUGAGAACGGAAAUGGCGGAGAUGGAGAUGAUCAAGGCUCGUGAGGUAGCGAGGUGGGAAGCUGAGAAGAGAAGGUUGGACGUGGAGGUCGAGUUGACUGAGAUGGUGCUUCAGACUCACUUGCAAGCGACAACGUCGUUAGUCGUCGGAGAACAGAAGAUUUCUACGGCGCGGAGAAAGAGGAAGAGAUCAGCAGUUGAAGACCACGAGUCAUCGGCCUCAUCCUUUACCACAAGGGAACAGAGUUUAGCUUUAUUGGGAUUACUCCAACUUAACCUGAUCUUCUGGAGCUCAUUGACCUGAAAGAAAAAAAAAAAAAAAAAAACCAAAGUCAAAAAGGUCAACUGGAGAAUAACUUACAGAAUAUGUCUUACAUUUGUGUGUAUGAAUGUGUUGUGCAUGUAUAUACCAAUGAAUAAAAUUACAAUCUAUAUAGGGUGGGUUGUGAAUCAAAAUUCCCAAUACAACAUUUUUUUGUUUAGUCCUUUCUUCAAAAUUCCAAUGAAUAAUUGUUUUUUUUUUAAAUUGAAUUUUGCAAUAUACACUAAAAAGUUCCUCUUUAUACAUCUAUUAGAUUCAAGUGCUC